AAUAAGCAGCCAGCAGUCUCUAAGCUUCACUUCACUCGUACGCUCCGAAAGACGCCCGGAAAAUGAGAGGCCGUCGGUGUGACCAUUCUCAGGUAGAAACUGACACAGAUACGGAUUCCGACACCGAAACCAUGCGGUGCAUAUCGUGCAAAGAAGAGUAUGGGACGAUUGAUGCCGGAACAUGCAAAGAGUGCUAUGAGGAGGCUAGCGAGACGGAAGAAGAGCUCAAAAGAGAGAUCGAAGAUCUCAAAGCUAAAGUUGCUUUCUUGCGAUUCUGGUCUCAACUAGAUCACCAUCACAGCAAUAGGUCAUUUGGACCCUGCUUCACCGACGUCGUUUUGGUCGCCUCCUCCGAUACUGGGUCAACUGGGUCCCCCGUGCCUGUCCCUGCAAAUAAGGCCGUUUUGGCUAGUCGCUCUCCAGUGUUUAAAGCGAUGCUUGAGAAUGAGAUGGAAGAAAGCCGGAGUGGCACCAUCAAGAUUAGUGAUGUAUCAUAUGAUGCCCUUCGUGCAUUUGUCAACUAUUUGUACACUGCUGAAGCAUGCCUUGAUGAGCAACUGGCCUGUGACCUUUUAGUGUUGGCUGAAAAGUACCAGGUGAAGCAUCUCAAGGGUUACUGUGAGAAGUUUUUGGUAUCCAAAUUGAACUGGGACAAUUCAGUCCCAAGCUAUGCCUUUGCACACCAGCACAAUGCUAAGCAUAUGCUUGAUGCAGCAUUGUCAUUGAUCAUAGAUAACAUGGACAAACUUACCAAAAGGGAGGAGUACAUGGAGCUUGUGGAGAGGGAUCCUCGGCUUGUAGUGGAGAUUUAUGAAGCUUAUCUCUCCAAGCAAGUUAAUACGGCAGCACAAAGGGUACUUCCAUGAAGCGAUUUGCAGGUAUGGUUCUGUUGGUAUAUUUGUCCAAACUUUGCAGUGAAUUUUUGUGGAAAUUUUUAUACUUGUAUGGAUGAAUGCCAUUGGUCUCUCAAGAGGGUGGUGGGGGUGGUUUUUUUCUAGGAUGGGUAAAUACUGUCGGAUUUGUCACAAGGUGCCUGUUCUUGCAUGAGCAGCUUUGUACGGUAAUGAUAAAUUGAUAGUUACUGAAACUGUGUCAUUGCUCAAUGAAAUUUAUGUCUGAAGGUAUGGCAGUUUCUUC